AUGUCGGGAGUCAAUGGGGGCAGCGCAUCGCGCUCCACCAGUAGCAUUCGUGGUUAUCCCAUACUUAUUGAUCUCACAGACGAUAGUGAUGAAGAUAAGAAGCGCAAUGGGAAUCGUAGUGAGGAGCGUCAAGAGAAAUCCAAAGAGAUUCCCACGCAGAACCCGAGAGAGAUACCCAAGGAGAAAAGUAACAAGUCUUUCAUUGACUUGUGUUCAUCGUCUGAUGAUGAACCUUCUGCGCCGCUAACAUCAAAGGCGAAGGCGAAGUCAACCAAAUUGUCAGCCAGUAGUUCAGCAACAUCGACAGAAAAGCUGCCAAUAAAGACACAAAAGUAUAAGACUGGGGGAACAUAUAGCCUUUCAUCGGACGGUGAAUCUGAUGAUGAAUUCCAUAAAAAUCUAUCAGAAUCAAUUUCAAAGCAGAAUAGCGGUGAGCGUAGCAACGAUUUUAUAAAUAGAAGGUCGCAUUCGGGCUUGAAGUCUAAUGGAGCAAGGGAUGCAGGUAACGUUUCUUCUCCACGACAAGACACUGGCCGCACUGCCCGCAAGACAGUGGUCUCACAUCGAAAGUCUAACUCAGGAUCAGUUGGUCCAGUUGGCUCCGAUUUAAAUCGAAAUAACAACACUUCUUCGCCCAGCUCAAUUGGAUCAACGCCGGCAGCAUCGAAACGUUUUAGAUUUGCAACAAAGCCAUCAGUCACUUCCAAUCUUUCCCACGUUGUGGGCCAGCAGUCAAGUCCAAAAGCUAGUGCGCAGCCAGCAUCCGAUCUCUCGAAGAUGGAUUCAAAGACUGCCAAGGAAAUUAGCACAGAAAGGCUCCCAUUCAGCAACGCUGUUGCACCGCUCCCUUCGGACACUUCGUCUCUGAGGAACGACCCUGCUACAAGUAGUGUUCCUACCAGACUGGUGCCUAAAAGAGUUUCAGCGACGAUCAGGCAAUACUCUAGAUCGCCCGAGAUCAAAGAAUCUCCACUUUCUACGAGAACGUCCACAUCAAGAAUGUCAGACAAACAAAAUCAAAAUGACAAUGAUGAAUUUGUAAUUCAAAACGAUUUUGCAGCUCAGAAGGAACUUGAGUCGCGAAAGGCUGCAGGGCACUUGCGGGGAUCGCGGACGAGAGGAGCAACUGGGUCUUCUGAAUCAACAGCAAAUCGAGACAAGAGCCCCAGCUCAUUUAUAACAAAUGAUCUCUCUGAGCCUAAUCUUAAAGUCAAGGGAAGAGAUAUGGAUAAUGGUGCUGAUAUUCAUAAAAUCCGAAAGGGUCCUUAUCAAAAGAAGGGGAAUCAUGGCGGUGCAAGACGCGGGCCAGCUUGGGAAAAACAGAAGAUCGAAAGAGAGAGCGCUCAAAAUACCGACGAAGAAGCUGUAGAUAACGACAUUGAUGAUGGUGACGAUGAUUUUCGAUCAAUACUACAGAAGAGAAUGACAAGAGGUAAAACAUCAAGCAACGUAACUUCGAGGCCUGCAUCUACCCGCUCUAACUCACCUUCUCUCAGAGUGCAAGAAGGGGAGAGACGUGGACGAUUGGCAUCAUCUAUCCCGAGAUCAAGAGGAAAGUCCCCAGUCCUAGAUGCAUCGUCUGACGUGGUAUCGCGAGAGUUGUCCGCAAAGGAGAUCAAAGCAAGUUUGGUAAAACUAGGGGAGAUAGGAAUGGAAGAUUGGGGAUUCAGCCUUGAGCGUCACUUGGAGAAACUACAAUUGCGGCCCCUUGCAGCGUCAAAUAUAUCUUUACAUGACGAUGAAGAGAAUCCUUUUGCAUCUUUCACGGCGCAAGACGAAACUUUUGAUGAUGCUAUCGAUCUAAUCACACGAACAUCCAAGAAAGCGAAAACUUCAAAUUAUGUAUGCCCACAGAUAAUGGGAGAUGGUGACGUAAAGCGAACGCCGAGCUACACUCAUCACAUCAAUGUCACACGAAAUCAUAUAACAGGAGAUGAUGAUAUCCUGCGGUAUGUUCCAUUGGUUGUUCAGAAUGAAGAGAAAGCUAUGAAUAAAUUCGAAAGGGAAUUGAAUACAGCGUACACAGAAAGGCUUGAUAACCCAAGAGUAAAAGAACAAAUAACCCAAAUAAAUAGGCGAGUGGUUGUCGCAUUAAGCAACAUAGGAUUCGACAACAAUUGUGAUAUGGACACGCUCGUUCAAUACUUUUUGGGACAUCAGUCUGAUAAAAUACCGUAUCCUACCAGAGAGAAACAAUUGGUCCUAAAAACACUUGGUGGCCCUCUAUCUGGCCACUUAUUGAAGAGAAUGGCUAUGGUCGCUGAGGUAUUGGCUGAAUACUUUAAGGUUGAUCUGGAAACUGUGGUCCUGUCUCAAUCCCAGUUCAAAGCUUACAUUGAGAGAUCAACUUCUGAGUUGCACAAACGAUCUGACGAACCAUCAGCUCGAUUAGAGACAACGGCCCAAUUUACCUGUUUAAUAUGCCAAGGUGCUGCAUGCACAACGCAUGGUGAGUAUAAUUAUCAAAGGAUACAUAAGGACAUCCCUAGUGAAGAGAAUUCCUCCGAGAUCGGUUCUCCUCAGCAAUCAUACUUCAAUAAGUCUGAUUACGAGUAUGCGUGGGAAAAAUCUAUCAUGCAUUUGCCAGAUGUCUUACGGAAACACAAUGGCCGAGACCAUGGUGAUGAGGAUUGGCAUCCGGAGCUUUGGAACACAGAAAAAGACAUUGUCGAGGCAUGUAAUGAUGAAUGUUACAGUGGAUGGAAAGACUGGGCAAACUAUUCUUGGACCGAAGAGGAAGAAAAUGAGUUGAAAGACGCACUUAUAAUCAAACCCAGUAGACCAUGCGUUCUUGUGGAGAUUCUCGAAAAGCCCUGCUGGCAGAUUUAUUCCAAGAUUCUAGAGCUUGAAGACAAAGCCCCUUUGAGCAGAAGUAAGAGUCACCAGCCGAGCGAACGAGUAGAGUGGUACAAUCCCAAAGCUGUACCUCGCAAUCGUGGCCUCAAACCGGGUUGGCAAGAUAGCACCAUGGCACACUUACACGAACUGCGCUCCCAACCUGUUCCUUGCGUACACGAAGGGCCCUGUAGUCGGGAGAUGAAAUGCUAUUGCGCUCUCAACAAUCUUCUCUGCGAACAAUUCUGCGGUUGUUCAGAUCGUUGUGAACGACGAUUUGCCGGUUGUUCUUGUCAUUCGACGGGUCUUGCUUGCGCCUCUGAUACAUGCAUAUGCUUUCAAAUGAACCGCGAAUGCGGCGAUCAAUGCAAUACCUGUGGAGCAAUUCCUCGGAUUCGACCGCAGAGCCGUCAUAAGAACGAACUUUUCCAGUAUGGUUGUCAAAAUAUAGCCUUGCAAAGGGGCGUGAAUAAGAAAUUGAUUCUCGGAAAAUCUCCAAUCGAAGGAGCUGGCUUUGGACUUUUCACUGCAGAACCUGUCAAGAAAGGGGAUUUCCUAAGCGAAUAUACAGGAGAAUUGAUUUCUGAUAACGAAGCCGAACGCAGAGGAGUGGAAUACAAUGCAAAGUUCAUGAGUUUUCUAUUUAACUUGAAUAAAGAAUGGACGAUAGAUGCUAUGCGGAUGGGCAAUAAAACGAGAUUCAUAAACCAUGCGGGAUCAGAAGCCGACGGGAUGAACUGCGCUGCAAGGAUUCUAUUGGUUAAUGGAGAGCAUAGAAUUGCGUUCCGGGCGACUCGAGAUAUUCUCAUUGGGGAGGAAUUACUUUUCGACUACGGUCGCAAUUUUGCGGAGCUAUACGGUUUGAAUAAGAAAAGUGCAAAGGGAAAAGGAAAAUUGCCCAAGACGAAUAAAGCCACGUUGAAUAGACUGGGUGGAAAUAGCGGUAAAGGAACGGUGCCGGGAACAGUAGCAGCGAAGAGAAAGGGCUGGCAGAAAGGAAGACCGAGAAAGGCGAGUAAAAAGGCGAAGGUUCUAGAAUAUGAUGUUGCGGGACCAUCGAAUGCUGUAUAUCCCGGUGAGGAAGAGGCUGGUCAUGGCGAUGAGAUGAUGAUGGAUUCUACUCGCAAUCUCAAUGACAACGACAACAUGAUACAAGAUAGUGAUGCGGAAGACGAGAUGUUGCGUGGUCAAGGUUCAGAUAUCGAGAUGGGCGAUGCGGACGAGGAAGGAAAUGAAAAUGAAAAUGAAAAUGAAAAUGAGAACGAAGAUGAGGACGAAGAAGCAGCAGACUUUGCGGUGAGAAGAACAGCUCGUCGGGCAAAGAUUCCUUUGAGGUAUACGCGAUGA